AUGGCAGAGCGUACCAAAAGAAGGCGUCUAAGCAGUCGCACUGGACCGAAGCGCAACCAGAUCACCAAUGAAUCUGAGUUUCCUGGUGAUCCACUUGUUCUUGCUGCAGAGUCUGAUAGAGGCACAUGGAAUGGUUUUUGUGAAAUUGAAUCUGAGCCAGCUCUGUUCAACGUUAUGCUCCGGGAGUUUGGCGUUAAGGGAAUCAAAGUACAGGAAGUGGUAUCCUUAGACGAUGGAAUGAUGUCCCUGCUACCCAAACCUGUCUACGGCUUGAUUUUCUUAUUUCGCUGGCGUGAAGAUGAUCCUGGUAAACAGGAGGCCAGCUGUCCUGAUGGGAUUUGGUUUGCAAACCAGACAGCAAGUAAUGCCUGUGCCAGUGUUGCAUUGCUGAACAUUGUCAACAACAUUGAGGGCAUUGAGCUCGGUGAGAAUCUCAAGAAUUUUAAAGAUUUUACUACUCCAUUCACUCCGGCAUUGCGAGGGGAUGCCAUUGCCAACUUCGAGUUUAUCAAAAGGAUACACAAUUCAUUCGCACGCACAAUGGAUAUGCUCAAUUCGGAUUUACAACUCAGGAACGAGGCAAUGACCAGAAGAUCCCUCUCGGCGAAGGGACAGCAAGACGAUAACACCUCGGAAGCCGGGUUCCAUUUCAUCGCAUUUGUGCCAGUCAUGGGUAGGGUCUGGAAAUUCGACGGGUUAGAGCGGCAGCCACAGGGGCUUGAGCUCCUCGCUAGGAUGACAGAGUACGAGGAGGACCAAAUAGAGUUCUCAAUUCUGAGUCUCGUUCGAGAUCCUAUCAUCGAACGCAUUGGGGAGUUGGCCCUUAAUGUGAAGCGUCUCAGGAAACUCAGUGAGCGCCUCGGUGAUAAUCAGGAUGGUACUUCAGCUGCUGCCCAGCCUGUCACCCAUCUCGAUGACAUCAUUUUAGGACCAGCGCCUGCUUUCGAGCUGUCACAGGAAGACAUAGACCUUGCCAAGAUCCCUGAUGAUCAAGAAGAAGUAUACCAGAGGUGCUCUUUUCAGGAGCUGAUUCUGGAGCAUGAGAGACUCCGCUCCUCCCAGCGCGCAAUUAAAGCAUCGAUUCAGGAGGAAUUACAAUCGCGCCAGAGGGAUGACGAUUACGCUGCAGGUAGGAGGCAUGACUACAGCUCGGCAGUUUAUUUCUGGGCUCGCAUUUUGGCGCGCAAGGGGGUUAUCCGUGACUUGAUCAGCGAAUCACGGGGACAUGACCCGACAUCAACCGCUGCACCAAAGUACGGAACGCCAACCAACGUAAUCUUUUCUUACACCGAGAACACCCAAGAAGGCGAAGUCCGGGGCAACAUUAAAUGUUACAUCAAUCGCUACAUUUUUUUAUCCACAGCCAUGGAAACCCCUACAUUUGCCAACCCGGAGACCCAUUUCGAGGUUGAUAUGAUGAUACUGGAUUAUCUUUGCUGCAAGGGAAUCCAAGCAACACUGAGAGCACGCAUGGCCGAACGGAAGGAUGAGCGACACCAGGAGGAUGCUGAUAGCUACAUCUCACUUUUCGACACUUUUAAGUGUAUCGCGUCGAUACACCAUUCUAGGAGAGCUAUUUCAAGGGAUUUGGAAAUAAAGCUUCAACUUCUUACCUUUGCAGUCCUCUUCUUCCACAGAUACAGGCACUCGGCUUGGAAUAAAAGUGCUAGAGAGCUUGGCCGUUGGCGAAACCAAAAUGCCGAAAGCGCCAGAAAUUGGCUCAAGGUUGAGCUUGACGAGCGAAGCAUUGAACAGAAUUCACAGGUGUCGCGAACCGCUCUGGAUGAAAACUAUCACAAGAUGCUAUCUGACCUAAAGAUACCUGUGCAAAGUCGACUUCUCGAUCGGAGACAGGUAAUGCCACUACUCGAUAUUCUGCCCGAUUUCAUGGCACUUUGUGCCAUUGCAGCGCCAAUAUUAUCAGCAGAAGAGUCAAUGGAGCUUGCAGCCCAGUUUAUGCUCCAAUCUUCACUUGAGCAAUGUCUUGUUUUCGGAAGAGCAUCUUCUGAUGUGAUAGACGAAGCCUUUGCAUGGGGAUCCCCGGAUGCUGGCAACGCGAACCCUGAAACCAAUGCCGAUGAUGAUGCACACAUCUGGUGGAGAAAAAGAGCCAAGUACAUACGACAUCUGCAGCCAAACCCCGGGGAAUCCCUGGACACCCAUCUCCAAAACGUCUCCCGUGACUUUACAGUCUCGCAAUUCGAAGGGUUGGUUAUAGAUUUUAUAUAUGACAUCCUCACGAAACUAGAGAUUCCCGCUUUAUUGAAGUUUGAAACUGGCAGAUUAGCAGAACUGGGCAGCAUUGACUAA